AUGGGAUCGCAAGGAUCCUAUAGUACGGUGAGGCGAACGCCGGUUCCGGAAGAAAUAAGAUUGGAAAUAGAAGACUCUUACCGGCGAUCCCCGACGGCAAGGCAGAUAAUCGACCUCCUCGAGCGAAACUACGGAUUGAAGCUAGAGGAUAAUCCAAUAUUCGGCACUAGCACCGUCGAUACCACUAUAGCAGAACUCGUCAGGGCAAUUCUAAGGAUAGAAUGGAACACACUCUCAGGCGCAGCAUCCGACCCUCCACGCGACGCAUCUAACCUAGCCGCCAUAUGCCCCCUAUCCCGCUAUGGCCUCGACUCCACCAUAUCAGGAGCCUCACCGAGGAAAUUAACUCCCCCUACGACCGAGUGGGGCAGGAUAGCCACGGAUGACGGAACCACUAAUAGAGCCGUUCACGUUAUCUACCGCAAGAUGCUCACUUAUAGGUUAACUCAGUCAAAUCCCACCUUAAAGGAAGUAGCCCUCAACCAAGCCUAUUUCACCCUCAAGGACGUGGAAAGCGACCGACCGCUACGAGAUUUCUCCGCAAGAAUCUUCGACGUAUCCAGAGUGGUAGGAAAGGCCACAGACCUCGAGCUGCUCACCCGCUUUUACGCUAAAUUACACCCGGAGCUACGGCAACUCUACAGGGCACCGGUGGAAUCCGACGAACGAUCUAAAUACAUCAAUAUGGUAGACAGCAAGAGGAAGACCUUGCGCGAAAAGUUAAAAGCGGCACGCAACGGGAAGACCGGAAACGGAGCGAAGAAGCUCCAAUAUGGCGAAAAACAUGCGUAUACCACCAACGAAAGGGACAAUAAAGGAUCCGAACCCGAGGAUUCGGCACUAUGGGGCAACGACCGCCCAUGGAACAGAGGCUAUAGGGACCGAAACCGCCCUCCUCGUAGCUAG